AUGGAGGCCGGGAAGAGGGCAGAUGGAUCCCUGGUGGUGACGGCGUCGUCUAGGAGAGCAAUGAAGAAGGUUGGGCAUCUCCUUGAUCUGGCCGCCCAGUGUCUGAAGGACGUUCUGGCUUCGCCCGAGAGGCUGGCCGUCACAUUCCUGGAGUCUUUGGCAGAUCUACCCCUAUCUCAACAACUGACGGCAAGAGAUCAGCUCCAAGCAACAUUCCAGAAAGAAGCUAUCGAUAACUUCUUUACUCAUCCCAUCACCAUUCUCUGCGGCGUCACCGGUAGCGCAGUCACUGAUAUCACACCUCAAACGAGCAUCUACUCGAUCGGUAGAGACUCCAUCAUGGCCAUUCAAGUCGCAAGCGUCUGUAGGAAAGAGGGCAUCCCCCUGACCACCGCCGACAUCAUCCGCAACACAGAGGUCGGCAGGCUGUGCGAAGUGGCGCUGGCACAGUCUGGGAACGCGUCCGAGCCGAGCACGUCACAUCUACAGGGUGCUCUGCCGCUCGUGGAGGCCGCCGAGGUCGACAAGGCACUCUCUCGCCUUGGCGAAGACCGAGGAAUGAUGGAAGAGAUCUUGCCCGUUCCCCUGGGCAAGAGUACCUUCUUGGCUUGUGGAUCCGGUCAGGCAAGACCAAGUACGAACUGA